ACUUGUUGGUAUAUAAAAAAAAUCAAAAGCCCUAAUUCCCCCAAAAAACAGAAGGCGGAAGCAGCUGCUACGGCCUCUCCUCUUUCCUCCUCUGCGUAACGCACCAGGUUUUCUUUUGAAUCCCAAAAAAAAAUGUCUCGCGUGUACGUGGGUAACCUUGACCCACGAGUCUCGGAGCGAGAUCUUGAAGACGAGUUUCGUUGCUUUGGAGUUAUUCGAAGUGUAUGGGUUGCUCGUAGGCCACCGGGUUAUGCUUUUAUUGACUUUGAUGAUCACAGAGAUGCUGAGGAUGCAAUCCGUGAAGUAGAUGGCAAGAAUGGCUGGAGAGUUGAGCUUUCUCAUAAUUCUAGAGGCAGAGGUGGACGCGGAGGUGGAGGUGGUCGUGGACGCUCUGGUGGUUCGGAUUUGAAGUGCUAUGAGUGUGGUGAGCCUGGUCAUUUUGCUCGAGAAUGCCGUAUGCGUGGUGGUUCGGGAAGACGUCGCAGUCGCAGCCCUAGAUAUCGCAGGAGCCCAAGCUAUGGACGCAGAAGUUACAGUCCUCGUGGACGAUCCCCAAGACGUCGUAGUGUCUCUCCUCGUGCGCGUAGCUACAGCAGGUCUCCACCAUACCGUGGUCGUGAGGAAUUGCCAUAUGCUAAUGGAAAUGGUGUAAGGGAACGCCGUCGAAGCAGGAGCUAAGUAGCACAAGGAUGUAACUUUUAUGUGAGGAGACUGGGAUUAAGUGUGUUUAUUGUGUUUGGACUUCAGUGCAACUAUUUUAAAUUGGCCCUCAGCCUCUUGGAUUUGGAUAAGUUUCUUUUAGUUUUUCUUUAUUCUAUGAUGGUUUUCUUUGCUUUACUUAUGCUUGAUAGUCCUUUUUUCUAUGUAGGAAAAAAGUUGCUUUAGAUGGCCUUUAUAAAUUUAUUGAGAAAUCAUUCUGGAAGUCUGCUAAAAAAUUCAUGCUUUUCUUUUUGUGUUGAGGUGUCUUCUGGGUCUGCCUCAUUGGUUUUCUGCUUCUACACUCCCCUGGGAUUUACUUCUUUGCUGCCCGGCUAUGGGAUCUUCAAUUCUCGAUGAUUGUGGGUCCCAUUUGGCAUCAUCUCUAGUUGCUACUGUUUGAAUGAAUCUCUCCAGCUGUGAUGCACAUACUCUAGUGGCAUUUCUUUACUUUAUCUUAAAAGGAAUGAGGAGCUGCGUCAAAUGCUUCUGGCAGCUGACAAGCAAGAAUAAAUUUGGAGUCUUCUACUUCUAUUGGGUUGGAAAGUUGGGGAGCCGAACUUGCUUUUCUUCCUAGUGUCUUCAUCUAGAUCCAGAUGAUAAUACAUGAUAAAAAAAGAGUGUUUGCUUUUUUUUUUUUAAUUUACUAUUUGAAGUGAGUCUUCUGUCAACAUUUUUUGGGGGCUACAUGAAAUGGGGUUUUCUGGGAUGGUUGGCUUUUAGCUGCAGAACUUGAUGAUCUCUGAGCAUGUCCCCGCAAGUUAAUUAUGAUUCGUCCACCCAGCUAUAUAUUGGGGUCUCUUCAUAGGCUGCAAAACAAGUAUAGGUGAAGUGACAAUGCCUGUUCUCUUUGGUCUCUACUGGAGGAUGGUAAACCUAUCAAAAUUUGGUGGUUGUGUUUGUGUUUUAACAGCACGGAGCUUAUCUCUCUCCACAUGUUUAUGGUCAUUGCUUAGGAAUGUUAAUCUUCAUUGCGCCCCUUUGAAUCUCUUUGCUACAAGUGAGAUGGUUACGCAGCUGGACCUCAUCAUGGUUUUGGCCCUGUGGAAUAUAUUAGACUCUGAAACAAGAGCAGGGAUAAAGUUUUUCAUAUUAGGUUUCAUAGGGUUCAAUCAUUUCAGAUUGGGAAUUCUUCUACUUUGAAAAGUGUCUAGAUGAAUUCAUUAUAUUUUUCUGAAACAAUUUUUUUUGGUAUGAAUAUGGUCAAAUGAGGGUCACACUUU